CAUCAAUGUUAAGGCAUGUGGUGAUGUGUUCAUGGUAAGACAGAGGCAGAAAAACUGCAUCACAUCCCUCGGGGCAGAACUGAGAACCCUGAAUGCCACUUCCUACACACAAACACACACAUUUAUAUUAUUUAUUGACAUUGUUCUAAUUAAAAUAUUGUUGUGGCAUCGUCUUAAGUAAAUCAGCAAGUACUUAGUGAAAUGGCCCAUAUAUUGGACAUCCUGUUUAUAUGAUACUGGAAAGAUGAAACACCCACUCCAGCUCUGCACACCACAUACACAGACACACCACCAAUCUGCGUCACAACCAUACUGUAAAAGCUGCACUGCUUCAAAAGUUUCAAACAGCAACCCAACAUGUUAAUCUAACCGCAAAACUCUGGGUGUCAGCACAACUUGCUGCGUCACACAUUCAACCAAACACUCAUGGGAGGACGUACAUGGGCAAACAUUUCACUCUGAAGUGAAAGUGGAGAAAACGUGCAAGGGAUUUUUAUUUGUCAGUUGUUCUGCUGGCGUUUUACGUUGGGCUUCAUUCUCCAGAAUCUGACUUGACCCUUCUGCUGCAGCUAACCUCUACCUGACCUCUUCUUGACUCAUCACAGACUGACUCACCCUGAAGAUAGAAUCUACUCUGCAUAACUAAACUACAGAUCCCUUCCGGGCGGAUGUGGACAAUAUGAGGCAGUUUGUUUGAGCGUGUGACAGUGUGUGACAGUGUGUGACAGUGUGUGAGUGUGUGUGACAGUGUGUGAGAGUGUGAUUGCGCUGUGGGUUUGAGUUAAUAAGAGAAGAAGCAUGGCCUCUGACCUCGGGGGCCCCCCAACCCUGAACUCCACCUGGAUGUGUUCCUAUAAUAUGACUGCCUGGGAGAAGCAGAUGGAGCAGCUGUAUUUCUGGUUCUACCUGCUGCUGUUCAUCCCUGGACUCAUUCUCAACAGCACUGCACUCUGGGUGCUCUGUCGACACAUUAGUAAGAGGAACAAGGCUGUGAUCUUCAUGGUGAACCUGGCCUUGGCUGAUCUUCUCCAUGUGUUGUCCCUACCUCUGAGGAUCCAUUAUUACUGGACCCAUACAUGGCCGUUUGGACACGAGCUGUGUCUGCUCUGUUUCUACCUGAAAUACCUCAACAUGUAUGCAGCCAUCGCCUUCCUGGUGUGUAUUAGUGUCCAGAGGUGUUUGUUCCUGCUAAAGCCUUUCUGCGCCCGGAGGUGGAGACAACGUUACGACCUGCUGAUCAGCGCCACCGUGUGGCUGGUGGUGGGAGUCUGCUGCUCUCCCUUCAUCAUAAUGCGGAGCAGCCAUUCCAGUACCAACUCCAGUACCAACUCCAGUACCAACUCCCGCCCUGGGUGUUUUAAGGAUCUGCCGGUCAGGAAACUUCCCCUGUCCAUGGCUGCAACCAUGAUGGUUCUCGCGGAGCUCUUUGGGUUUGUGUUACCGCUUGGUGCCAUUGGAUACUGCUCCUUCCGUAUCGUUCAGUCCCUGAAGCAGUGUGGCCUGUCGGACCGAAAGCACACCGACAGCCUGAACAGCAGUAACCACACCCCCCACAGCCCUGUGACUAGCCAGCACCGACCCGUAUCCCAGACGGACAGGCAGACGCCUUCUGCGAAACAGACCACUGGAGAGAAGCGCCGCGCUCUAAGGAUGGUGCUGAGCUGCUCAGCUCUCUUCCUGUUGUGCUUCGCUCCAUAUCACAUCAACUUCCUGCUGUAUUUAAUGGUGUCACAGGGAAUAGUGUCCCUCUGCCCAGUGGUGGUGGCGGUGCGGCAGUUCCACCCCAUGUCUCUGUGCUUGGCCAGUCUGUCUAGCUGUCUGAAUCCUCUGCUCUACUACUUUCUGACUGCUGAGUUCAGGCAACACAUCACCAAUCGCACCUCCUCUUUCUCCUCCUCCAUCCGGGGUCGGCUCAUGAGCUUGGAGAGCACCUCAUCUCUUAGGCUGUAACACCUCCUGUAGAUAUCAUUCUGUCACCUCUUAUUCUCCACUGCAUGUAUUCCCUCCUCUCUGUCCUCCUCUUCGUACCCUCUCCUCAUUCACCUGUUCUCCUCUUCCUACCCUCUCCUCCUCUUCAUACCCUCAUUCACCUGUCCUCCUCUUCAUACCCUCAUUCACCUGUCCUCCUCUUCAUACCCUCAUUCACCUGUCCUCCUCUUCAUACCCUCAUUCACCUGUCCUCCUCUUCAUACCCUCAUUCACCUGUCCUCCUCUUCAUAUCCUCAUUUACCUGUCCUCCUCUUCAUACCCUCAUUCACCUGUCCUCCUCUUCAUACCCUCAUUCACCUGUCCUCCUCUUCAUACCCUCAUUCACCUGUCCUCCUCUUCAUACCCUCUCCUCAUUCUCUUCUCCUUGAAUGGCACACCUUAAAUAAUUGUAGUUACAGUGAUAUAAUUUGGCACACAUGCUCAGGGUUAUAGGUGGCAUACUAUGAUGUUUCUUGUGAUAGAAACCUGGUAUUUAUAGAAUUACACUGAUUUGGUUGGGGCAUCACAUGUCUAGGAUGAAUAGAUUAUUAGUAGUUGAAGACUUUGAUGUACUGUCAUGUCAACCUUUUUCUGAACGUACAUCUGGACUGGAAAACAGUUUUCGGAAUUUGGCUGAAGACAGGACUGUUCCCGAAACACAGUGAGUUCAUCAUAAAGUCUGCUCCAAAGAGACAGAGUUCAUUCUGUGGAGUUUGUUUUAAGUAGACAUUAUGUCUCUCAGGGCAACUUGGAUAUCACCAGCUAAGCUAAUGUAAAAAUAAUUUGUCUUGUAUCUGUGAGUGUCUUGUUUUGUCUGUUCUCAGUUUCUUUUGGUCUGCCAUUGAACCUAAACUGUAGGUGUAAAUAUGUAUAUAUGCAGAGCCCAUUUGUAAAUUGGUCUCAGUUUGUGUUCCUUGUUGAAACAAAUGUCUAAUAGCAUGACGUGAACUCUUAUAAGCUAAAAUAUAUUCUAUGUCCUGUGGCAAACAAAAGAAUUCAACCCCCUUAAUCAUGAUUUUUUGUUAUAACAUGAAAUCAAAAUGUAUUUAAUCAGGGGUUUUUGCCACUGAUCAACACCAAAAACGUCCACAAUGUCAAAGUGAAAAAGGAAAUUAUUGAUUGUAUAAGUAUUCACCCCCUUUGCUUUAACACAUUUGAAUGAGCUGUGGUGCAAGGAAUUCGCUUUAGAAGUCACAGAAUUCAUUUGAUGGAAGUCCACCUGGAAGUCCAUCUGUUGUUUCAGGUUAAAUUCACCUGUCUCUGGUAGGUCCCAUCGUUGGUUAGUACAAUUCCUUACAAAAACUACACCCAUCAGGGGUACGAUAUAUGAUCAGUUCCUUACAAAAACUACACCCAUCAGGGGUACGAUAUAUGAUCAGUUCCUUACAAAAACUACACCCAUCAGGGGUACGAUAUAUGAUCAAUUCC